CGCGAGGGAGCGGAAAUGACCGCAGCACGCCGGAAGUUUACUCAUUUCCAAGGCGACGGCUCCACCAUCGCUGCAACGGCUGGAGUCGGGACGCUGGAAAGCGACUUAGAGGAGAGGGUACUCGCCGACGGCGGCCGCCGCCACAGUGAAUCGCGGGGAGUAGCAACCGAAGACGGCGGCCGCCGCACCAGCCAUCGCGUGUGGAGGAUAAACGGCCUGCACGGCCAUCGCGGCGACCAAUCCAGGGAAAGAGUUAGCGAAGGCCAGGGCUUUAGUCGUAGCGAAGACAGGGAAGGAAUCCGUGAAGGCAGCGACCACCGCUGCAGGGUACCGACGGGAAGAGCAAGUGAAGACGUCCGCUUCUCCCGCAAUGACUCAAGAAGGGUCAGUGAAGACCUGGGCCACCGUCGCAGUGUCUCUCAGGAGAGAGUCAGGGGAGACCGUGGCCACCGUCCCAGCAACUCUUGGGAGAGAGUAAGGGGAGACCGCAGCAGCGACGUGAGUUUAAGUGAAGUCGGAAGCCACCCCACUAGUGACUCCGGGGGAACGGUCAGAGAAGACCGCGGCCUCCAUCUCAGUGGGACUUGGGAGGGAGUCAGGGAGCUCCGGGGUCCCCGAACCAGCGACUCUGGGGAGAGAGGCAGUGACGACCACAGCCGCCGCCUCAGUGGCUCUUGGGAGGGCGGAAGUGUGGAUGGCGGCCGCAGCCUCAGCAAUUCCUGGGAGGAGGGGGUGAGUGAAGACCGCGGCUAUGUGGCCAGCGACUCCUCCGUCGUGAGCGUCAGCGAAGACGCCAGCCGCCGCCGCUUCUGGGAGAGAGAAAGCGAAGACGAAGGUUCCCGCUGCCGGGGCUCCUGGGAGAGAACGACGGAGGACGGCGUCCCCGGGCCUAGCGACGACGAGGAAGACAGCCGCUGCUGCACUGGCUCGUGGGUGACAGCGAGCGAAGACCGCCGCAGCAGCAGGGGCCUGGACUCGACUCCUCCCCGGAGUCCGAGGGGUCGCACCAUGCCCGGGGUGUCCGGUUCAGGCCCCUUCACCUUCUGCACGGAGACUGCGACCCCGCUGGGUGCCAGGAAGAAAGUGCAUUUUGGUAGCAUACAUGAUGCAGUACGCGCUGGAGAUGUAAAGCAGCUUUCAAAAAUAGUAGAACGUGGUACCAGCAUUAAUGAAGUUGACGUUCUCCAUAAACUUACCCCUUUACAUUGGGCAGCACAUUCUGGCAGUUUGGAGUGUCUUCAUUGGCUCCUCUGGCAUGGAGCUGAUCUCUCACGAGCAACCAUGAGAGGUUGGACAGCAGCUCACAUAGCUGCCAUCAGGGGACAGGAUGCUUGCAUGCAGACUCUUAUAAUUAAUGGAGCUAAUCUGGCAGCUCAAGAUGAUCGUGGAUGCACUCCUUUACACCUUGCGACAACACACGGACAUUCUUUCACUUUACAAAUAAUGCUCCGAAGUGGAGUGGAUCCCAGCGUGACUGAUAAGAGAGAGUGGAAACCUGUGCAUUAUGCAGCUUUUCAUGGGCGGCUUGGCUGUCUGCAACUUCUCAUUAAAUGGGGAUGUAGCAUAGAAGAUGUGGACUACAAUGGAAACCUUCCAGUUCACUUAGCAGCCAUGGAAGGCCACCUUCACUGUUUUAAAUUCCUACUCAGUAGAAUGAGCAGUGCCUCCCAAGCUUUGAAAGCCUUCAAUGAUAAUGGAGAAAAUGUAUUGGACCUAGCCCAGAGGUUCUUUAAGCAGAACAUUUUACAGUUUAUCCAGGGGGCUGAGUAUGAAGGAAAUGAUCCAAAAGAUCAAGAAACUUUAGCAUUUCCAGGUCAUGUGGCUGCCUUUAAGGGUGAUUUGGCAAUGCUUAAGAAAUUAAUAGAAGAUGGAGUAAUCAAUAUUAAUGAACGUGAUAAUAAUGGAUCAACUCUUAUGCAUAAAGCUGCUGGGCAAGGCCACAUAGAGUGUUUGCAGUGGCUAAUUAAAAUGGGAGCAGACAGUAAUAUUACCAACAAAGCAAGGGAGAAACCCAGUGAUGUGGCUAAGAGGUUUGCCCAUUUAGCAGCAGUAAAGCUAUUGGAAGGACUACAGAAAUAUGAUACAGAUGAUGAGAGUGAAAUUGAUGAAAAUGAUAUUAAGUUUUUCAUAAGACAUGGUGUUGAGGGAAGCACUGAUGCCAAAGAUGAUAUAGGUCUCAGUGAGUCAGAUAAAACAGAUGCCAGAGUGAGAGCUUAUAAGAAAAUUGUAGAAUUGAGACACCUCCUGGAAAUUGCAGAGAGCAACUAUAAACACUUGGGAGGCAUAACAGAAGAAGAUCUAAAGCAGAAGAAAGAACAGCUUGAGUCUGAAAAGACUGUCAAAGAGCUGCAGGGCAACCUAGAGUAUGAACGACUACGCAGAGAAAAAUUAGAAUGUCAGCUGGAUGAGUAUCGAGCAGAGGUAGAUCAACUCAGGGAGAUGCUGGAAAAAACUCAGGUUCCCAACUUUGCGGCUGUGGAAGAUGACCCUUCUUGUGAGUCAAGCAAAGAGAAGAGGCGAGUGAAGAAAAAGGUGUCUUCUGGGGGAGUUUUUGUGAAAAGUUUUUAUUUUUUGGCUGCGCGGCUUGCGGGAUCUUGGUUCCCAACCAGGGAUCGAACCUGCACCCCAGACAGUGGAAGCACGGAGUCUUAACCACUGGACCGCCAGGGAAGUUGAUUUUGAAGGAUCUUCUACCAUCAGAAAUUUCUAGGAUACUGAAUAAGACUUAGAAGUCAGGUAAUAAAAUAGAAGUAUCGUUUAAAUAAUUGUCAGUAUAACAUAGUUUGGUUUAAAUUCCUGAGUAUCUUUCCUAUAUUUGGCACUACAAAGAAUUUGUGAAAGAAAAGGUGGCCCCUAUCUGAUAGAUUUAUUUUUUUAAGUUUUUAGUUAACACCUCCAUCACCACACAAGUUCUUUCUUUUUUUAAAAUUUAUUUUAUUUAA